UGACGGCCUAGACUUCCGGAGCGAGGUGAGGUCCCCGCCGUUCCUUCCUACGUAAACCCAGGCAGGGGCUGGAGGUGCGAGGGCGGCGAGCGGUGACAACUGCUAGGCGGAGGCCGUUCCGUGAAGAAAGAUCUAGGAAAGGAUCGGGACAGGCGGGAGAUAGUUAACUGAAAGGAGUCUGCCCCACUACUGGAACCAAACCAGAUGCCUUCUUCCACUUCACCAGACCAUGGAGAUGACCUGGAGGCCUGUGUUUUAAGGUUUUCAGACCUGGAUUUGAAAGACACAAGUUUUAUCAAUCCCAGUAGCAGUCUCAAAGCAGAGUUAGAUGUCAAUACAAAGAAGAAAUACUCAUUUGCAAAGAAAAAGGCAUUUGCCCUUUUUGUCAAAACUAAAGAAGUUCCAGCACCUCCUUUUGAAUGUAAAGAAAAAUGGUGGAAAUGCUGUCAGCAACUAUUCACAGACCAGACUAGCAUCCACAGACAUGUGGCAGCACAACAUGCGGAUGAGAUUUGCCACGAGACUGCUGCUGUUUUAAAGCAGCUGACUGUGACACCGAGCACCUCAGAGAGUCUUAAGUCUGCAGACAAAAGAAACCCUUUCAAAGAAGACCUUACCAGUCACCAUGAAGUGUCUACUUGGCUCCCUGAUAUAAGCUGCUUUAGCCCUGAGGAGCUGAUAAGUGGCCAGGGCAACGAUGAAGGGGAGGUGCUGCUUUAUUACUGCUACUGUGACCUGGAGGACCCUGAUUGGAUCUGUGCCUGGCAGACAGCUCUGUGUCAGCACCUGCACCUCACGGGCAAGGUUCGAAUUGCUACAGAAGGAAUCAAUGGGACAGUUGGUGGAAGCAAAUUGGCCACUAGACUCUAUGUGGAAGUCAUGCUUUCCUACCCAUUGUUUAAGGAUUAUCUGUGUAAGGAUGACUUUAAGACCAGCAAAGGAGGAGCUUGCUGUUUUCCAGAAUUGCGUGUUGGUGUGUUUGAAGAAAUUGUGCUCCUGGGGAUCAGUCCCAAUAAGAUCUCCUAUAAGAAGCCUGGAAUCCAUUUAUCCCCAGGUGAAUUUCAUAAAGAAGUAGAAAAGUUUCUGUCUCAGGCAAAUCAAGAAGAAAGUGAUACUAUCCUGUUGGACUGCAGAAACUUCUAUGAAAGCAAAAUAGGACGAUUCCAGGGCUGCUUAGCCCCAGACAUCAGGAAAUUCAGUUACUUCCCUGGCUAUGUUGAUGAAAAUCUACAACUUUUCAAAGAGAAGAGGGUGCUGAUGUAUUGUACUGGGGGCAUCCGUUGUGAGCGGGGUUCAGCCUACCUCAAAGCCAAGGGAGUGUGCAAGGAAGUGUUCCAGCUUAAGGGUGGCAUCCACAAGUACCUGGAGGAGUUUCCUGACGGUUUUUACAAAGGGAAGUUGUUUGUUUUUGAUGAGCGUUACGCCUUAUCCUUCAACAGUGACGUAGUGUCAGAAUGUUCAUACUGCGGGGCCCCGUGGGACCAGUAUAAACUCUGCUCCACUCCCCAGUGCCGCCAGCUCGUCUUGACCUGCCCUGCCUGCCAAGGACAAGGAUUCACAGCCUGUUGUGUCACAUGUCAAGACAAAGGGAGCAGGCAGGCUGCAAGCCCAGCCCAGAGCAGCUUUAAAGAGGAAUGCGAAUGUACAGCCCGCCGGCUUCGUGCACCCAGGGAGCUCUUACAGCAGGAGCGGCUCCCUGUGAGCCCGGCGCCCAGGCCGGGUGUUGAUGAGGAUGGGCCGUGCUUAGGUGAGCGGCCCCAUCUGCCUUUCCCCAGGCCUUCACAGAGCUAGGUUUGGGGUGACCAUGUGUUGGAGAAUAUUAGAGCUGUACCAGCAGAGAAACAGGGCACUUUAGUGCUGCCAGAGCCACCAUGGCCAGCUGGUCACCGUGUUGGCCACCUGUCCUUCACAAGAGGAGGAAAGAGGAAGUUGGGUGCUGACCUCUUAUCAGAGACAUUCUGACUCAGAAGAUGGUAGAGCACAGAAAAAGGUGAGCUGUGUGGGAUCCCAAAGCUGCUGAAGGAGCGAGCCUUGCACUGGUGACCAGGUCUUGCCCUUUCUGUGCCACACAGUAGGGCUGGGAGUAGUCAUUUUUCUUAUCAGCAAACCUGUCUGUCCUGAUGGCAAAAAUGUGAAAGCUGUGGCCCUGGAAGUGGGCUCCUUGGAACCAGGCUCCUUAGGUCAAUCUGCCAUCCACCUCUACCCUCCUCUCUUCUCUGCUAGCCUCAGAGCACUAGACCAGGGUCUGAAAACUAUGGCAUUUGGCCCACCUCCUUCUGUAAAUAAAAUUUUAUUGGAAUAGCCACACCCUUUCACUUACAUAUGAUCUAUGGCAGAAUUAAGUAUUUACAAGAGAGACAUGUUCUGCAACGCCUACAGUAUUUACAGGUGUACCUCGGAGAUGUUGCAGAUUCGAUUCCAAACCACCGCAAUGAAGUGUCACACGAAUUUUUGGUUUCUUAGAGCAUAUAAAAGUUAUGUUUACAUUAUACUGUAGUCUUUUAAGUGUGCAGUAGCAUUAUGUCUAAAAAAACAAUGUACAUAACCUAAUUUAAAAAUGUUAUUGCUAAAAAAUGCUAUCUGACAAUGCAGGGUUGCCACAAACCUUCAAUUUGUAAAAACCAAAAUCUGCGAAGCACAAUAAAACAAGGUAUGCGUGUACUACCUGGCCCUUUACAGAAAAAAAAAAAAAAAAAACUUCCCACCCCUAGUCCAGACCAACAGCUCAUCUGAUGGAGGAGAUGGUCUUAAAAAUGUGGGCCACCUUCAUUUUUUAUUGAUUUGGUUUCUGUGAGAGAUUUCCUCUGCUUUCCCCAGCACCCACACUCUGAGCUCUAAAGUGUCCCCUUUGAGAGGUUCACAUUAGCUCGAUGACACUGACAUUUGGGCAGUAGUUUUUAGGUGAACACCUCAGAAUACAGGACAUUCUGUGUGAGGUUAU